AUGGCUACUUUAUGGGACGACCUGGACAGUCUGGUGAAUUCUCCGUCAUCCUUCUCAGUACAAAAUGGAGAGAGAGGAACCGUCAAACCUACGGCAACCUUUGAUGCUAAAGAGGACGCUGUGGCUCUGAGGAAGGCCAUCGAAGGACUCGGCACCACGGAGAAAACUCUGAUUGAUAUUCUGACCCACCGAAGCAGCGCUCAGAGGCAGCUCAUCUGUGACGCUUAUCAAGAAGCUACUGGAAGAACAUUAGUAGAGGACCUGAAAGGCGACACCAACGGUGACUUUGAGGACCUGCUGGUUGCCCUGGUUACUCCUCCCGCUACGUACGACUGCCACGAAGUGAUGCGAGCCAUGAAAGGAUGCGGGACGAAAGACAGCAUCCUGAUUGAAAUCUUCGCCUCCAGAUCCAACGAACAAAUCAAAGCUCUCACUGAAGUCUAUUUGACAGAAACAGAGAAGAAGUUGACCUUUGACCUGAAGACUGAAGUUUCCGGAGACUUUUCCACAGCUCUGCUGCUCCUGGCUGAGGGCAAAAGAGACGAGAGCACCACCGUGGAUUCAGAGAAGGCAAAAGAAGAUGCUAAGACUCUUUACGACGCUGGAGAGAAGAAGUGGGGCACCGACGAGUCCAAGUUCAUCGAGGUCCUCUGUCACAGGAGCGUUCCUCAACUCAGACAAACUCUGGUUGAGUAUAAGAACAUCAGCGGGAAGAGUCUCCAGCAAAGCAUCGAGGGAGAAAUGUCCGGAGAGCUGGAGGAGCUGCUGGUCGCCGUCGUGAAAUGUGUGAAGAGCGUGCCGGCCUACUUUGCAGAACGUCUGUAUGAAAGCAUGAAGGGCGGAGGAACAGAUGAGUCGACUCUGAACCGGAUCAUGGUGAGUCGGUCAGAGAUCGACCUGCUGGACAUCAGAGCCGAGUUCAAGAAGCUCUACAGCUACUCGCUGCACUCCGCCAUCGAGUCGGAUCUGUCAGGAGAACUCGGAGAAUGUGUGAAGGCGAUCUGCGGAGGAGACGACUAA